ACUCUUGCUAUAGAGCAGGUCUGGCAGGAACGCAAGCACCUUAGGGGUCCCUGAGAGGAAGGAGAAACAUAGACUGGUUUCUUUUUAGAGGGGGAAAGGACUUUUAAGAUUUGCCACCAUGAAUGGAACAGAAGGUCCAAAUUUCUAUAUUCCCAUGUCCAACAAAACUGGAGUGGUACGAAGCCCCUUUGAAUACCCUCAGUAUUACUUGGCAGAACCAUGGAAAUAUUCCAUAUUGGCUGCUUACAUGUUCCUGUUAAUCCUUCUUGGCUUCCCUGUCAACUUCCUAACUUUAUAUGUUACUGUCCAACACAAGAAACUUAGGACACCCCUAAAUUAUAUCCUGCUCAACUUGGUUUUUGCCAAUCAUUUCAUGGUCCUCUGUGGUUUCACUGUAACCAUGUACUCCUCAAUUAAUGGUUACUUCAUUUUUGGCCAGACCGGAUGCUACGUUGAAGGCUUCUUUGCUACUCUUGGUGGUGAAAUUGCCCUCUGGUCAUUGGUGGUCCUGGCCGUUGAAAGAUACAUGGUGGUCUGUAAACCCGUGAGUAAUUUCCGAUUUGGAGAGAAUCAUGCUAUCAUGGGAGUAGCCUUCACAUGGAUCAUGGCUCUUGCAUGUGCUGCCCCCCCUCUCUUUGGAUGGUCCAGGUACAUCCCUGAGGGAAUGCAGUGCUCAUGUGGAGUCGAUUACUACACCCUUAAACCUGAAGUCAACAAUGAAUCCUUUGUCAUCUACAUGUUUAUUGUCCACUUUACAAUUCCAUUAAUUGUCAUUUUCUUCUGCUAUGGCCGUCUGGUGUGCACUGUGAAAGAGGCUGCAGCUCAACAGCAGGAAUCAGCCACAACUCAGAAGGCUGAGAGAGAGGUCACCAAAAUGGUGAUUAUCAUGGUAGUUGGCUUCUUGAUUUGUUGGGUCCCCUAUGCUAGCGUGGCAUUCUACAUCUUCACUCACCAGGGAGCUGACUUUGGACCGGUCUUCAUGACAUUUCCUGCUUUCUUUGCCAAGAGCUCUUCAAUCUACAACCCUGUUAUCUACAUUCUCUUGAACAAACAGUUCCGUAACUGCAUGAUCACCACCCUGUGUUGUGGCAAGAAUCCCUUUGGAGAUGAUGAAACCUCAUCUGCAGCCACCUCCAAGACAGAGGCAUCUUCUGUGUCCUCCAGUCAGGUUUCUCCUGCAUAAGACCUUUACCCAGGCCUGUCUUAGGGUCCGCCGCCUCACACCCCAGCCCAAUUUUCAUUUUGUUAAGGCAGCCUAUUGCAAGGUGUAGUCCCUUAACCUGUUCUACCCCAAGAGGUAAGAACCUCAUCCAAGCCCUUCGCUGCUGGAAUGGUCUGCGUUAUACUUGGGGUCCUUGUGGCAGCGAAGGGGCACAUCAUUGAAAACUAUGAGCAUUUGGUCAAAGCUGUACAUAUCUUACGGCAAAGUUCCCCUUAGUUUGUACAUUUGUUCCUUAAGAAUUCAAGAGGCUUUGCAGAUGUUCCAGUAGUUGGCAAUCAUUAUGGGGGAGGGGGAGGUGACACAAUUAUGCCCAUUUGUCUCUAGCCAGGUAAACAACAAUUUUACAACAGAAGGAUAUUUUUGUAAUAUAUGUUCAGAUUUUCAGUCAAUUUCCUCUGCUUCUUGGCAAGGUCUGAUAGUGAGGAUAGACAGACCCUUUGCACAGAAACCCUGUAAUAAAGAGCACUUUGCAAGUAAAAAAAAAACACAAAAAAAUGAAAACGUCUUUUUUUUUUAUUAUUAUUAUUAUUAUUAUUACUAUUCAUGAUGCAUCUUUUUGGGUCCCUCUACCUUCCUAAAAGUGAAAGCCCUACACAAAGUUUGGAAAGCUUCUCAUUAGUGUUGUGUGAAACUGAUCAGGAAUCAUCUACCAAAUACCAAAGACAUUGUUCGUAGUUAAACAGAGCAUCAUACAAUAUGUGUCCUCAUACGUUUCCAGAUAAAUUCUCAGGGUUUUAAAGAAGUAUGCUAUAUUUCAAAGUACCCCAAAUAAUUUCUAAAAACACAUUUAUUGAUUUUAGACUGAUUUAAGAAAUCCAAAUAUUGGCACGCAGUAGUUCUGUCUGCAGAGGCAAACAAAAGUGAAAUUGUCAAAAGACUAAUUUAAUCCAAAACUACAAUUUAAAAUAAUAUUAAACCAAUGCUUCAAAAGAACCCUUCCUCUUGUGUGCAAGUCUAAUAGAGUUCAAAUACAAAAUACUGUCAAGAAACAAUGAGCUUACACGCUAACAACUGAAGAGUGUAAUCCUAUUGAUAGAUCCAUUGGUUUCUUUUACAAUCCACUAUGGUUAUUUUACCUCCCACUCUCCAAAUUAAGAAACAUGUUAGUGUAUCCUGAUCUCCCCAAAAUAUUUGGGGAGCAUCACAUCUGAGGCAAGACUGGUUUUCAUAGCACACUAACCUGAUUGCUGUCACUCGAGAUUGUAACAUAGAGUGUUUGGCGGUGAAAGAGUUGAUUUUUGUCAUAUUUAUUAUAUCCCUACCACUGAAGUUUGAGAUGCGGCGUAUUUAACCCUGUCACUGCUAAACAAGACAACAAUACUCCCUCCACGUGCACUGCUAUAGUAAAACACCCAGUGCAUUUUUUUCCCCCUUCUUGGCAGUGAAAGGGUUCACGUGUCAAUCUCAACACUGGAUGUAAAAAGUUUGUCUUAUUUGGAAAUUUGAUAUUAUUUUAUUUUUUUCCGUUUUGCAAAUCUAUGCUGUGGAAAUGUAGAGGCUUUUGGAGGACAACUGAUUAUAUUAACUCUUGAAAGUCCUAAAUAGAUGGGUGAGUAAAGGGGUUAGCGGAUCAGACUGACUUCUUGUACAGUCAGUCUCAGAAUCAGGACAAGACUUCAUUCACUACACAGUGGGUUGCGCUGAGAUGGCUACCAGGUUGCAAGAUCUAAGCCAAACAAGCAUGGAUAAGAAAAAAAGAAAUAUCCGAUGCUCUAUCACAUUAGAUAUUUUCCCCAUAUUGGCUAUUUUGGUCUAAACAUUGCAAGUAGGUUGUUGACUUUGCACAACUCACAGUGUAGAGAAUGCACCCCAAAUAAUUAACUACAUAGUGAUUCAAUCACAGUUUUGUACAUUUUAAAGAACAAUAUUUGGUAGGCCUGUUUGCAUUAUGUGUGUCUAUAGCUGCAUAUCCACACACACAUAAAUCUAUAUAACCAUAACCACUAACAAUCUGCUUAAAUAGCUCUCUUUCCCAUCCAAAGGGGAAUUAAAGUAUUUUGCACACAAUCUUGAUUCAUAUCAGCAGGUGACAAAUAAAUGAUGCAUUCAUUCAACUCGGUGGCACUCAUUUUAAUCAACCUCAAAUGGACAUAUAAAGGCAAAAUGUACCCUGAAUACAUCAGAACCUGCAACCCUGAGGUUUCAAAAAGGUUUAACCAAUUGAGCUACCUCACGUAUACAUGUGUGCAUCAUGUGCAGAAGAAAUGGACAUACAAGGACGAUGGCAUUCUGGUUUCUGUAACAGACUUUCUCCUAAGUGUAGUAAUUUAUUUUCUGUAUAAUACUGUAGAUGACAUGUCCACAUAAAGAAACAUUUCCUGCUUAA